AUGGUUCUGACAUUUUUUGUGUUCAUGCUCAUGAAUAUCAUCAAAACUGGCCAUGCAUCAGCCCUUGGAUCUUGCCCAAAAUGCGGCAAUGUGGAAGUUCCAUACCCUUUCAGCACAGAUGACACGUGCGGAGACUCAAGGUACAAAAUCUACUGCAACAACAGCAACAUUGGCAAUGGCAUUCUUGAGUUCAAGUCAGCUGAAGGGUUUUACUACAAGAUCCUCAGCAUUGACCCGAGUGCUCAGAGGCUCAUCAUAAGCCCACCUGAUCUGGUACAAGAUGGUGACUCGUGUCAAACUUCUGAUUUCUCUCUUCAAGGCUUGAGGCUUGAUGAACACUUGCCCUUCAAUGUGUCCACUCGCAACACAGUCAUCUUGCUCAAUUGCUCUGACAAUCUGCUUCGAUCUCCUCUCAACUGUACCUCAAAUAGCCUCUGUAGGGUUUUUCAGGACAAAAUGUUGGAGGACAAAAACAAUGCAUGCAAAGGUGGCCUCUGCUGCCAUUACUUGAAAGAUUCACAUAUGACUUCAUAUGUGAUUAGGGUUAGGGUUGGAGGCUGCACUGCAUAUACUUCUGUGGUUGAUAUUCGACCUGAAGAUCCUGUUGAGAAAUGGAGCUAUGGGAUUGAGCUGCAAUGGCUGCCUCCUAAUUAA